GUCAAAGCUACGUCUGCUUUUUAAAAUCAAGAGAAAAUAACGAUUAAGUAUAAGAAUAGAUAAAGUUUCAAUUUAUUCAUUUUUAUCAUUCUUUUGGUAACAAACAUUUUUCUUUCAUCACCUUUGGAAGAUUUUGGAGAAAGCAUUUACAAUUUCCAUUUGGGUUCAAUUGAAUCAACAUGAGCAACAGAAAAGAUAAUACUGAUGAUGAGUCUAGUGAAAGAGGUAUAUUUUCACAUCUAGGCUAUCCAAGUGCACCACCCUACCCUCCUCCACAUGGAUACCCACCAUCAGGCUAUCCACCUCCAGGAGGGUAUCCCCCAACAGCCUAUCCACCACCAGCAUAUCCGCCUCCCGGAGUAUAUCCGCAUUCCGGUUACUAUCCUUCCGAAUAUCCACCUGCAUAUCCGCCUCCGGGAGGGUAUCCACCCACUGCUUAUCCUCAUUCAGGAUAUCAUCCACCAGCUUAUCCUGCCCCACAUGGCUAUCCACCUGCUGCACCUCCAUAUCCUGCAGGGCGUGGAGCUGGCAUGGGAGGAUUGUUGGCAGGGGGUGUUGCUGCUGCUGCCGCUGCCUAUGGUGCUCACCACAUGGCACAUGGAUAUCAUCGUUUUGGACACGGAGCCUACCAUGGUCAUGGAAAGUUCAAGCACGGGAAAUUCGGCAAGCGUUGGAAGCAUGGCAGGUUUGGAUUUGGCAAGUAUAAGCAUGGUUGGAAAAAGUGGAAGUGAUAAAGAGACUAAUAUGUUAAAAAUGUGAUUUUGAGCAAGGUCAUGGAGCUUUAGGUAUAGGGUGAAUAAUGUAAGCCUACAACAACAUAUUGCAUGUUUGGCUUCUGUAUUUAAAAGAAUGGAAUAUUUCGGUGGAAUGUGUGUGGCUUCUCUAUUUUAAAGAAUGGAUUGUUACUAUUUUUUCCCUUCAAAGGGAUUAAAGUUGAGACAGCAGUAAUGUAUCAGUUGUAAGUUUUAGUGUAGAAUAGGACCCAACUUUUUACAACAUGUU